UGUAUAUCUCUUAUCUUUGAUGACAACACCACACUCUGAAGUGAUAUGCGCACGUGUAGUUUUCGGUUAUAGCGGGAAUUUAAAAAAUUAAAUAUUGUGAUGAUCCUUUUAUUAUUGAUGCGAAAUCCAAAAGAAGCGAUUCAUAAAUAUAGCAUCAUUUAAGUUGUCGUUUUUUCUGCCAGUAAUCCAUUAAUUAAUUUCAUUGAAUGGUAGGACUCUUCUUGGAGAUGAGGUUCUAAUAACCGUAAAUAAAAGGGCAAAAAUAAAAUUUUUGAGUUGUAGUAAUACAGCAAAAUUAUGGAGCAAAGUGGAACGACAAUUGUCAGGGCCAAUGCACAAAGAAAAAUUUUUACUCCCAUAAGAAAAAUUAGCAAAGUUCCAGAACAAUUAUUGAAAAAUGAAAAACUAAAAGCUGCUAUUAGUAAACUACCCAAAAAUUAUAAUUUUGAAAUUGCAAAGUCUGUAUGGCGUAUUCAAGAAGCAAAUGCUACAUUAGUUGCCUUACAAAUGCCAGAAGGAUUGUUAAUGUUUGCCACUACAAUAGCAGAUAUAAUAAGCGAAUUUACUCAAGCAGAAGUUAUUAUAAUGGGUGAUGUUACUUAUGGGGCGUGCUGUAUUGACGAUUUUACAGCACGUAUUGUUGGCGUUGAUCUUUUAAUUCAUUAUGGACACAGUUGCUUAAUUCCAAUUACUCAAACCAGUUCUAUUAAAGUAUUAUAUGUAUUUGUUGACAUUGAGAUAGAUCUACAACAUUGCAUUGAGACUUUAAAAUUGAAUUUUAAUAAGACAGUCCAUGUGGCAUUGGUUAGUACAGUACAAUUCAUAAGAGCAUUGCAAAGUGUUGCAAAAAAACUGAUAGAGGAUGGUUAUAAUGUUACAAUACCACAGUGUAAGCCACUUUCCCCAGGUGAAAUACUAGGGUGUACUGCACCAACUGUAAAAUGUGCAGAUGUUAUACUAUAUGUGGGUGACGGAAGAUUUCACUUGGAAGCUGUAAUUAUAGCGAAUCCAAAUGUGAGUGUAUAUAAAUAUGAUCCUUAUGAAAAGAAAAUAACAAAAGAAUUAUAUCAGCAUGAUCAUCUGUAUGAAAUGAGAAAGUCUGAUAUAAUGAAAGCAUCCAAAGGGAAUUCCAUCGGAAUAAUCUUGGGAACUCUGGGAAGACAGGGAAAUGUCAGAGUCUUCAAUUUUCUGCAUCAAAGUCUUCAGAAGUGUGGAAAGACUACUAUUUCUAUUUUACUGUCUGAAAUAUUUCCAUUAAAAUUAAACUUGUUUCAACAAGUGGAUGCCUUUGUUCAAACCGCUUGCCCCAGGCUAUCCAUAGAUUGGGGUAAAUCAUUUUUAAAACCAUUAUUAACUCCAUAUGAAAGUGCACUUUUAAAUAAACAACUGAAUUGGAGUGCAACAGAAGGUGGGGAACGUUAUGCGAUGGAUUUUUAUGCUAAUGAUAGUUUAGGUCCGUGGACACCAAACCAUAGUCCAAAUAUCAAAAGAAACAAUAAGUGCUGUGGAAAAUGUUUGCAAUGAUGUAAUAAAAUGUAAGUACGACAAUUUUUGCAUAGCAAUAAAAGCAUAUAUUUGCAAACGAUUAA